AUGGCUUCAGAUAAAGGAAGCUCUUUUGAGCAAUUUGCUAUCCUCACACCUCGAUUCGUUAUUGUUCCCACCACCAUAGCAGUCUCCUUCAACUCAUACCGGGCCCUUUAUUCCGAACUACAUGCAAAUGUAGAUUUCUGCCAAAUGGGUUUCGGGCAUCAUUUUCCAGCCAGGACAUGGAGCGACGAGGAGACGCGUAAUCAGAUCCAGACGCGUGAUAUUGAACGUUGUUGGCAGAGGCGCGGCUUAGGUGAUUUUGCGGUGGGGUUGCGUGGACCAUCCACAUUCGAGUCCGACACCCAGUCCACUGAAAAUGGCGAUUUCACCUUGCUCAAAGGCAACGAUUAUGUUCGGCUUGCGGGCCCCAACGAUAUCCACCUCGCCGCCUCUGAAUGGGUAGGCUAUGCAGGCCUCCGUGAUGCCACAACAACCUCGAUGCCACCGCGAGAGGCUGGAGAUCCUGCGCUACCGUCAUGGGUUGAAAUGAUUGAGCUGCGUUACGGUGUCUCGCCAAAAUUUUGGGGCAAGGGAAUUGUACAGGAAGCAUCCAAGGCCAUUAUGCGAUGGGCUGUCGAAGAAAGAGGGGUGAAGAGGUUCAUCGCGGAGACCGAGAGAGAAAAUAGUAGGAGUGCGAAGGUGUUGCAAAAGCUUGGCUUUACACUGAGUGACACGAACUACUGGAAAGAACCGAGUGAGCUAGAAUGGGAGGGUGCUGCCAAAUGA